CACCCGGCCCCGGCGCCCAGCGAGAGGAAAAAAAACAAAUCAGGAAUUCCGCGAGGGCACCACCAUGGCGGCCGCCGCCACCGCCUCUGCCUCGGCCGCCUUCCCCGCGGCCUCCCCCCUCCGCCGCGACGGCCGCAGGCCCUCCCGCGUGGCCGUCAGCGCCGCGGCGACGACGCCCGCGGAGGCGGCGUCGGCGGCGCUCGCGGCCGCCCCGGCGGCGCCGGCGCCGAUGGUGCGGGUGGCGCCGGAGUCGCUGCAGAGGGAGAGCGGGUGCCUCGUGGCGGGGUUCCGGGAGCGCAACGCGGGCGCGGCGGACGGGGAGGGGUUCGGUGGGGACGGCGGCGCGGCGGGGGGAGGAGGGCCCGGCGCGAUGGAGUACCUGACCAGCGUGCUGUCGUCCAAGGUGUACGACGUGGCAAUCGAGUCGCCGCUGCAGCUCGCCACCAAGCUCUCCGACCGCCUCGGGGUCAACCUCUGGAUCAAGCGCGAGGACCUGCAGCCGGUAUUCUCAUUCAAGUUGCGGGGUGCAUAUAAUAUGAUGGCAAAACUCUCUCCUGAGCAGUUGGAGAGGGGCGUCAUCUGCUCCUCUGCUGGAAACCAUGCUCAGGGAGUUGCUCUUUCUGCUCAGAGACUGGGAUGCGAUGCCGUCAUCGUCAUGCCGGUGACAACACCAGAAAUCAAGUGGAAAUCAGUGGAGAGGUUGGGUGCAACGGUAGUCCUCGAGGGGGACUCAUACGAUGAAGCUCAGUCAUAUGCAAAACUACGAUGCGAGCAGGAGGGUCGCACGUUCAUACCUCCAUUUGACCAUCCUGAUGUUAUCACUGGACAAGGAACUGUCGGCAUGGAAAUUGUUAGGCAACUGCAAGGUCCACUGCAUGCAAUAUUUGUACCUGUGGGAGGUGGCGGAUUAAUCGCUGGUAUUGCUGCCUAUGUGAAACGGGUUCGCCCAGAGGUGAAAAUAAUUGGAGUAGAACCCUCAGAUGCAAAUGCAAUGGCAUUGUCCUUGUGUCAUGGCAAGAGGGUCAUGUUAGAGCAUGUUGGUGGUUUCGCAGAUGGUGUAGCAGUCAAAACUGUAGGGGAGGAAACAUUUCGCCUGUGUAGAGAACUGGUAGAUGGCAUUGUUAUGGUCAGACGAGAUGCUAUUUGUGCUUCUAUAAAGGAUAUGUUUGAGGAGAAAAGAAGUAUCCUUGAACCUGCUGGAGCCCUUGCACUGGCAGGGGCUGAAGCCUACUGCAAAUACUAUAACUUGAAGGGAGAAACUGUGGUUGCCAUAACUAGUGGAGCAAAUAUGAACUUUGACCGACUUAGACUAGUAACUGAACUUGCUGAUGUUGGUCGAAAGCGUGAAGCAGUUCUAGCCACAUUUUUACCAGAGGAGCAGGGGAGCUUCAAACGAUUUGCAGAAUUGGUUGGCCGGAUGAAUAUUACUGAAUUUAAAUACAGAUAUGAUUCUAAUGCUAAAGAUGCCCUUGUUCUUUACAGCGUUGGCAUCUACACAAACAACGAGCUUGGAGCAAUGGUGAAUCGAAUGGAAUCUGCGAAACUGAGGACUGUUAACCUUACAGACAAUGAUUUAGCAAAAGACCACCUUAGAUACUUUAUUGGAGGUAGAUCAGAAAUAAAGGAUGAACUUGUUUACCGGUUCAUUUUUCCAGAAAGGCCUGGGGCCCUCAUGAAAUUUUUGGAUGCAUUCAGUCCUCGUUGGAAUAUCAGCCUUUUCCAUUAUCGUGGACAGGGUGAAGCUGGAGCAAAUGUAUUAGUUGGCAUACAAGUGCCACCGCAAGACUUCGAUGAAUUCAAGAGUUGUGCUGACAGUCUUGGGUACGAGUACAUGUCAGAGCACAACAAUGAGAUAUACCGGCUGCUGUUGCGUGAUCCGAACAUUUAAUGUCGUUAGGCACAUGAUGGGUGAAUGGCUAUUUUCCUUUGCCCCCAUAAAUUGAUGAGACUUUGCAAGCAAGAUUCAACUCCAAGGUAGAAGGCACACCUUGCUGCAUCUGUAGGAGUAAAGCCAUCGCCAUACCCAUUUAUGUAGUGCUGAUUUGGCUUUUGUUAACUUGUUAGAUUGUGUAGUGUAUCUGCUAUUGUGCAUCUGUAAUUCGUGCUUUGUGGUCUCAAUUAUUGGUGCAAGUCACCUAAAUUUCGCAAAUAAUGAUAAUAAAUAUGUAACCCAAAUAUCUGAUAAUAAUGUAUUGAGAUCCGGACUGCAUCAGUUCUAUAAAGUGUA